AUGCAUGCCAGAAACCCCCAUUCUCCUUUUCAAAGACUACAUAUGAUGGAUUGCGAUCUUUCAGCUCAGCAGGACACAGGGACCAUGCAAGCUGUAAUUGGUCAGGAUCCAAUGAUAGCUGGACAAGUCAGUAAGCCCUUGCUGUCACUGCGGAGUGAAAUGAAUGCAGAGUUGAGAGGUGAGGACAAGGCAGCUACUUCAGACAACGAGCUGAAUGAGCCCUUGCUUGCGCCUCUGGAAUCAAAUGACAGCGAGGACACUCCCAGCAAGCUCUUCGAGGCCAGAGGAAACACAGUGCUGCCUGAUACAAGCCCAGCAGAACAGCACCAACCCAGUCAGUCCCACCCUGCAUUCCCUGUUGGGCCUCAGCCACUACUGACAGCCCAACAGUUAGCCUCAGCAGUAGCAGGGGUGAUGCCAGGAGGCACUCCAGCCCUGAAUCAGCCAAUCCUUAUUCCUUUCAACAUGGCUGGGCAGCUGGGGGGCCAGCAAGGGCUCGUCCUAACUCUACCUACAGCAAAUCUCACCAACAUCCAAGGACUGGUAGCAGCAGCUGCAGCAGGAGGCAUCAUGACUUUGCCAUUGCAAAAUUUACAAGCUACCUCAUCCCUGAACUCCCAGCUUCAACAGCUUCAGCAUCUUCAACAGCUCCAGCAUCAACAGCAGCAGCAGCAAAGCCAGCAGCAGCAGCAAGCUCAGCAGGCACAGACUCCACAGCCCACCCAGCAGACCCAGAAAUCACAGCCACAGCCAUCAGCACCCCCACAGCAGAACCAAACACAGUCCCAGAGCCAGAGCCAACCACCUCCAGCCUCACAGUCCUCCAGCUCCCCUCAGAAACCCAGCCAGUCACCAGGGCAUGGCCUUCCAUCUCCUCUUACUUCACCAAAUCCAUUGCAGCUGGUUAAUAAUCCACUAGCAAGUCAAGCAGCAGCAGCUGCAGCAGCAGCAGCCAUGGGCUCAAUAGCAAACUCCCAGGCCUUCGGAAACGCCCUCUCCAGCCUUCAGGGGGUCACAGGCCAGCUCGUCACUAAUGCACAAGGACAGAUUAUUGGAACAAUCCCACUGAUGCCUAAUCCAGUCCCGUCCAGCCAGGCGGCAGGUGGAGCUCAGGGACUUCAGGUGCAGCCGAUAACUCCACAGUUAUUGACCAAUGCCCAGGGUCAGAUCAUCGCCACUGUCAUCGGCAACCAGAUACUCCCAGUGAUCAAUACCCAGGGAAUAACACUAUCGCCGCUCAAACCAGGCCAGCAGCUCCAUCAGCCUUCCCAGACGCAAGUGGGACAAGCAGCUUCACAAUCCAAUCUCCUGCAUUUGGCUCACAGUCAAGCAUCUAUGUCUCAAAGCCCCGUGCGUCAGGCUUCCUCUUCUUCUUCCUCAUCCUCCUCCUCUUCAGCUUUGAGUGUUGGCCAGUUAGUCAGCAAUCCUCAGACAGCCACUGGAGAAGUGGAUGGGGUAAAUCUGGAAGAAAUACGAGAAUUUGCCAAAGCUUUUAAAAUCCGGCGCCUAUCUCUUGGCCUGACACAGACUCAAGUUGGCCAAGCCCUGAGCGCCACCGAAGGCCCAGCCUAUAGCCAGUCUGCCAUCUGCAGACACACCAUCCUGAGAAGCCACUUUUUCCUACCACAGGAAGCCCAAGAGAACACUAUAGCUAGCAGUCUGACAGCCAAACUGAACCCUGGCCUUUUGUAUCCUGCCAGGUUUGAAAAGCUGGACAUCACCCCUAAAAGUGCCCAGAAGAUAAAGCCGGUGCUUGAGCGGUGGAUGGCUGAGGCUGAGGCCCGCCAUCGAGCAGGGAUGCAGAACCUUACCGAGUUUAUUGGGAGCGAACCAUCCAAAAAGCGCAAGAGGCGUACCUCAUUCACGCCACAAGCCCUUGAAAUCUUGAAUGCCCACUUUGAGAAGAACACACAUCCCUCUGGGCAGGAAAUGACAGAGAUUGCAGAGAAACUGAACUAUGACCGGGAAGUAGUUAGAGUUUGGUUCUGCAAUAAGAGGCAAGCACUGAAGAACACAAUUAAACGUUUGAAACAACACGAGCCUGCAACGGCAGUUCCUAUGGAGCCUUUAACAGACACUCUGGAAGAAAACUCCUAA